CAUUUUUCGUGAAAUUUCUAUGAUUUGUUGAUCAUCUAUAAAAGUUAUAAUCUAAUGUACCGGUGUUUAAUGUUUGACAUUUAAAAAAAUGGCUGUUGCAGUACCGUCGAGAUUUGCUUGUCUUAAAAUUGAAGAUGACGAUUAUCGUCCAAAAACGAAUUCAAACAAACCAACAGUGAUUAAAACUAAAAAAAAUGAAACGAAAAAUACCGUAGUAAAAAAUAAAAAAAAUACCACAAAUAAUAAUAAGCCAAUAAAAAGCACAAAACUGACAGUAAAAACUCCCAAAACAAAUGGUGAAAAUAGUACAAAACCACAAUCUACUGGUAAAAAUGGAAAUAAGAAAAAGAAAGAAUCUGAUCAAUGGGAAAAAUGGAAAGAAAAGGAUAUGCUUUUAGUUGAUGGUACAUACGAAGAAGAUUUACAAAAUGCUAUAAUGUUAUCAAAAUUAGAUUAUGAAGAAAAAAAAGAAUUUUAUCAACAAAAUAAGAAAGAAGAGUCAAAUGAAAAAUCUAAAGAAAUCAAUGGUAAAAAGAAUAAAAAGAAAAAAGCAAUGACCUUAGAACAAUUUAAUUGUAUGGUAGAUCCCGAAGCAAAUCCAGUUGGUGAUAAUUCGACUACGACACCAUCAAUUCCAAAGAAAAUAGAAUUAGAUGAUAAAUUCUUUGAAAAAAUUCACCGCGACGCUAAAGAAGCACUUCAACGGGAACGCCUAAAACAAACAAAAAAACCAAGUGAACCAUACAAUGGGGCUGUAACUAUUGCUCAACUUCAAGCUGAAUUAGAUUUACAAGGGCUUGAAUUGGAUGUUCAACGGGUUGAAAAUGCAACACUACGCAAAGAAUUAGAAGCUGCUCGUGCAGAUAUAAUUAAUGUAAAAACACGAAAUAAAAAAUUAUGCAGUUUACUAGGACAAGGCGAAAUGAAAGAUAAAGCUGAAGUUUUAUUAGAGGUUGAACGGUUAACUCGAGUGCAAAAUGAAUUAACUGCAGAAGUUGAACGUUUACAUGGACUUUUGGAACAAGAACGCUCUAAGGUUGGAGCUUUAACUCAUGAACCUAAACAUAAAGAAAAGAAUAAAAAACAGAAGAAUAUUGGUAAUGGUGAUACAAAAUCCCAAACGAAAUAACUGAAUAAAAAACGUUUUUUUUUUUAAGAAUAACUUCAUACGAUCUUUUUAAAUGAUUUAUAUUACAGAAUUAACAAAUUUUGCACUAAAC